UCACGGUCAACCGCCACAGCUCCGCCGGCCGUCGACCGCCGACGACGCGUCAAGGAAACGUUUUGUUUAUUGUGUUUUGUGUAAUGUUACUGUGAUAAUAACAUCAAAAAUGAAGCUUUUAAUAUUUGCAUCUGCGUUGCUUGCAGUUGCGUGCUAUGUCAAUGGACAAUCCUGCACAACUGCGACCGGUGACAGCGGAAGCUGCGUGACUAUCCUCAAAUGCCCGUCGCUGCUGCAGGUCAUCAACAAACCGAACAGGACGCCGGCUGACUUGGACAUGCUCAGGAAGUCAGCGUGUGGAUUCGAAGGAAACACUCCUAAGGUUUGCUGCCCCUGCCACACACCGUACGGCGAACCAGGGAAAUGCGUCGGCAUAUACUCGUGUCCACACAUCGCUAAUCUACUGGCGCCGCCAGUGACCGCUCAGAGCAUGUUGUUGGUUCAAGCCUCGAGAUGUGAAGGUCCCGACGCAUACAGCGUGUGCUGCGGGCCUCCUCCAGAAAGCAUCUCAAAAGGCGCUUGUCAGUCGAGGCUGAGCGCCUUCCCUCCCGACCCGAGGACUGAGUGCUGCGGCCUCGACGGCGGAGCAGAUAACAAGAUCACAGGGGGCACUGCGACUACAGUGGAUCAGUACCCAUGGCUGACGCUCAUCGAAUACCUGGGCAAGGACAAUAGGAUCAAGCUGCUCUGUGGCGGAGCGCUCAUCAGCAGCAGAUACGUCCUCACAGCCGCCCACUGUCUUGCCGGGGCUGUUCUGAACCAUGGCACACCGAAAAACGUUCGCCUCGGAGAAUAUGACUCGAGCCACGACGGGCCCGACUGUGUACCCGUGGAGGGAGGUGGUGAGGACUGCAGUGAGGGUGUCGUCAUCCUCCCCAUUGAGAAGACCAUCCCCCACGUCGAAUACAACCCUGUUACAAGGCGUCACGACAUCGGCCUUAUUAGGACGCAGCAGGCUGCUCCUUACACAGACUUCAUCAGACCCAUCUGCCUGCCAGUCGUCGACAUCACGGUGAAGCCGCCGCCCAACUUCAAGCUGUGGGCGGCCGGCUGGGGCGCCAUCAACACCACCCACUCCAAGAGCACGAUUAAACUUCACGUCGAUUUACCAUUUGUGAGCCAGAGGGAAUGCCAACCGGCUUACAGCGUUGCAAGACGUCAAGUCGCUUUAUGGGGCGGCCAGAUGUGCGCGGGAGGUGAAGCUGGAAAGGACUCCUGCAAGGGAGACUCCGGAGGCCCUCUCAUGUUCGAGAAUGGAAAGAUAUACGAAGUGCUUGGAGUAGUCAGCUUCGGACCGACCCCGUGUGGCAUGGAAGACAUCCCUGGCGUGUACAGCAAAGUUCACUCGUAUCUCGACUGGAUAAAGGGCAAUAUUCAGCCUUGAAAUACUUCAUCAAAUGCUUCGGAGAAAUAGAAAUAUUGUGACCUAUGGAAAUUUGCUUAAAAUGAGAUAAACAUUGCAAUAUUUGUGAUCAAUUCGUACUUUAUAUCAAUUGCAUUUUGAUUAUUGAUAGCUUUAUCUAAUAUUGAAGUUACCGUUAAAGACAUUAAGACAUUAUAAUAAUUAUUAUGAAUUGAUCUCAAAUUGCAAGGCGCAAAUACUUUUGACUGACUGAUUGAAAUUAUGAAUGAUUGAAUUUAUCAAAGUUUAUAGUACAAGUUUGUGGACUGCCUAUUUCAUGAAACGUCUAUAGAAUCCUUCAAACUCGGUAAUUUUCUUCUUCCUUGUGUGUGUCUCAAAAUGAUUCUCAAAAUGCUUAAUUUACUAUUUAAUGCUCAAUGAUGUAGACUGGUGAAUAAUAAUGUAAGCACUUUCUGUUGUGACCACUAAGAGUGAGAGAU